AUGCAAUCAUUCUUUAGAAAAGCAUACACUAGUUUAUCUGCUGCUCCAGCAGCCUCCAAGACAAAUCUAUUGAAAAAUAUGACAAUGGGCAGAGCUUUAAACCAAAGCAAAAUGAUGAUACAAUCUUAGAAUCUCAUGAACUCAGCUAUUACCAGAAGAGCAUUCUCCAUCAUUGACACUAAGAUCAUGAGAAAUAUAGGUAUUUCAGCGCAUAUUGACUCGGGAAAGACCACAAUCACCGAGAGAAUUCUCUUCUAUACAGGAAAGAUUGAUGAGAUUCACGAGGUUAAGGGAAGUGACAAUGUAGGUGCUACUAUGGACAGCAUGGAGCUAGAAAGAGAAAAGGGUAUUACCAUUAAGAGUGCUGCCACUCAUUGCGAGUGGAAGGAUCAUCACAUCAACAUCAUUGAUACUCCAGGUCACGUCGACUUCACCAUCGAAGUCGAAAGAGCUCUAAGAGUGCUUGAUGGUGCUAUCUUGCUAAUCUGUGGUGCUUCAGGUGUCUAACCUCAGACAUUAACUGUAGAUAAGCAGAUGAAGAGAUAUAGCGUGCCAAGAGUUAUUUUCAUUAAUAAGCUAGAUAGAAUGGGAGCUGACCCUUGGAAUUGUAUUGAAAACGUCAGAGAAAGACUUGGUCUUAACUGCGCUGCUGUCCAGGUCAACAUUGGUGUUGAAAAUGGACUCUAAGGUAUUUGUGAUCUUGUUAAAAUGAAGGCUCUCUAUUUUGAGGGUGAAAAAGGAAGAGAUGUAGUAGAAAGAGAAAUCCCUGAUGACUUAAAGGAAUUUUGUGAUAAAAAGAAACAAGAGCUUAUCACAAUUUUAGCUGAAAACGAUCCCACUAUUGAGGAAUACUAUUUGAAUGAAGAUUUCAAUAUUCCAAUUGAUGUCCUUAAGAAGAGCAUUAGAGAGUAGACUAUUGCAUAGAAAUUCUGCCCAGUUAUGAUGGGAUCCGCUUAUAAAAAUAAAGGUGUUUAGCCACUCUUAGAUGGUGUUUUAGACUAUUUACCUAAUCCAGAGGAGUCAAAUAACUACGCUUAUGAUAUCUAGGAUAAAACAAAGAAAGUAAAGAUGGAUAUUGACAAUAAGAAACCCUUUGUCGGAUUAGCAUUCAAAUUAGAAGAGAGUUAAUUCGGGCAAAUUACCUACGUAAGAAUCUAUCAAGGCAAGGUCAAGAAAGGAUCUACCUUAAACAACACUGCCACCAAGAAGAAGGUUAAGAUCUCUAGAAUGGUUAGAAUGCAUUCAAAUAACAUGGAGGAUAUUAGUGAGGCAGGAGCAGGCGAUAUUUUCGCUAUUUUCGGAGUAGACUGCGCUAGUGGUGAGACUUUCUGUGAUUAGAGUGUUAACUUUACUAUGGAAGAUAUGCAUGUUCCAGAACCAGUCAUGUCCCUUACUAUCAGACCCAAGAAGUAAGAUCAACUCGAGAUCUUCUUGAAAGCACUUAACAGAUUCUAAAGAGAAGAUCCAACAUUCGUAGUCAAGUAAAACUAGGAAAGUGAAGAAAUUAUCAUUUCAGGUAUGGGAGAGCUUCAUCUUUUCAUUUAUUGCGAAAGAAUGAAGAGAGAGUAUGAUAUUGAUCUCGCAGUUGGCAACCCAACUGUAAACUAUAGAGAAACUAUUUCUUAAAAAGCUCAGUUCAAUUUUCUUCACAAAAAGCAAUCAGGUGGUGCAGGUCAAUUUGCUAGAGUUAUUGGCUAUAUUGAACCACUUAAUAGCGAUAUGGACAGUUAAGAUGCUGAUUUAUCUUGCUAAUUCGUUGAUGGCACCGAGGGUCAAAACAUUCCCAAUGAAUAUAUUCCAGCUGUCGAAAAAGCGUUCCAUGAAUCAACUAAGAAAGGUCCAUAAACAGGAUAUCCAGUAGUAGGAGUUAAGUAUGUUUUGACGGAUGGUCAAACUCACGUAGUCGACUCAAGUUCAUUAGCCUUCGCUAUUGCCACUAGGUAUUCAUUCAAGGAAGCUUAUGAGAAGGCAGGACCAUAGAUUUUAGAGCCAGUUAUGAAUGUUGAAGUCACAGUGCCAGCUGAGUUUCAAGCUUCUAUUAUGGGUCAAUUAGUUAGAAGAAGAGGAUCCAUUACCAACACUCAAACUAAAACAGGCUACUUUAUUCUCAACGCAGAUGUACCUCUUGCUGCUAUGUUUGGUUAUGCUACAGAGCUCAGAGGUUGCACUCAAGGUCAAGGAGAAUUCUCCAUGGAAUAUAAAAUGCAUUCUCCAGUUGGUGAAUUCGAAAUCAAGGACAUUAUAGACGCUUACCAAAGGAAGAGAGCUGAGAAAGGCGAAGACAUUUGA